AUACGUUCAACAAUUUUUAUUUGACAUCCGAAAUUUGUCAAUGAAUUUUUAUUUGUUUAAAAACUCGCUUGAAAGUUUUGUAAAUGUUCCUGUAAUUCGCGCGAGUUAAAAAAUCACGAUUUCAAUAGAUCGAUACUGUAGAUUUCGAAUUGACGAAAAACAAAAGUGGUAAAGCAUCUAUAGUAACAGUACAGUCAUUGUUGAAACCGAAGUUACUCGAAUUGGCUGAAAUUAGUGGAAAUACACUGUUUCGAAACAAGAAACUGAAGCCGAUUUCCGUCAGGGGAGACAGUUCUGUGUGUUUUCUUUUUGCUUUCUUUUUUGCUUUAGAAAUAAAGUCUCGAAAAGGAACGACACGAUGUGAUGAUUCAAUGAAGAAACCUUCAGCCAAAAUUGUGAUGGUCUGUUACAAGGAUCGAGGCGACAAAAUUUUAAUUACGCGUUUCAAUGUAUUUGGUCAAUAUGCUGCGAAUGCGUAGAGUGAACAUAAUGAGGAGUAAAAUGCCACCGUUUCGAAGGAAAAAAUCUGGAAAGUCUUUCCCUGUUAAAGUCUGUACCUUGGAUGCUGAACUGGAAUUCAGUUUAGAGUGGAGAUCAACAGGAAGAGAUCUCUUCGAUUUAGUCUGCCGCACGAUAGGACUAAGAGAAACAUGGUAUUUUGGGCUUCAAUAUGAAGACACCAAAGGCUUCAUAUCCUGGUUAAAACUAGAUAAAAAAGUUCAAGAUCAAUGCAUCUCUCAGCAACCCACUACACCCUUUAUGUUUUUGGCAAAGUUUUAUCCGGAAGAUGUGGCAGAAGAACUAGUCCAAGAAGUGACCCAACAUUUAUUUUUUCUUCAAGUGAAACAAGCAAUUCUUUCUAUGGAUAUUUAUUGUCCACCUGAAGCAUCUGUGUUGUUAGCUUCUUACGCAGUUCAGGCCAAGUACGGUGACUAUGACGAAGUUUCUUACCGUCCUGGAAUGCUUGCCAGUGAAGAUCUACUGCCGCAAAGGGUUAUAGAUCAGUAUCAGAUGACCCCAGAAAUGUGGGAGGACAGGAUAAAAAUAUGGUACGCUGAUCACCGUGGAAUGUCCAGAGAUGAAGCAGAAAUGGAGUAUCUUAAGAUUGCUCAAGAUCUGGAUAUGUAUGGCGUCAAUUAUUUUCCUAUUAGCAACAAGAAAGAGACUGACCUGUGGCUGGGAGUAACAGCUCUGGGGUUGAAUAUCUACGAAAAGGAGAACAAACUGGCUCCCAAAACUACGUUCACGUGGUCAGAAAUACGGCACAUUAGCUUCGAUGACAAGAAGUUCGUAAUUAAGCCAGUGGAGAAGACGUCGCCGAACUUCGUGUUCUUCUCGCAGAAAGUUCGCAUGAAUAAACUGGUAAAAAAACAGUCAGAUGUUGGCAGCUGGGUGAAGGGUUUGAUAGCUUUAGGGUUGGACGAACAUAGCAAUGACAAAGCUGCUCACAUAUUAUUUGUUAAGAUCCUGGACCUGUGUAUCGGCAAUCACGAUCUGUUUAUGAGGAGACGCAAGCCUGACUCAAUGGAGGUACAGCAGAUGAAGGCGCAGGCUAAAGAAGAAAAGUCAAGGAGACAAAUUGAAAGAAACAAGCUAGCACGGGAGAAACAACUUAGGGAGGCAGCGGAAAGGGAGAAGGCAGCUAUGGAACAACGGCUUCUACAAUAUCAAGAAGAAAUUCGUUUAGCGAACGAAGCACUUAGAAGAUCCGAAGAGACUGCAGAUCUUUUGGCCGAGAAGAGUCGCGUUGCUGAAGAGGAAGCAAUGUUGUUAAGUCAGAAAGCUUCAGAGGCAGAACAGGAGAUCACACGUAUACGAUUGAACAACAUGAAGACUGAAGAGGAAAAGGUUCAUCUAGAGAGAAAGACUAGAGAGGCUGAAUUACUCACUGAACGAUUAGUGCAAGAGUCAGAGAGAAGAGCUGCAGAAGCUGAAAAGUUGAAGGACGAAUUAUUACGUGCACGUAUUGCAGAGAAGGAGGCAAAAGAAAAAUUGCUAGAAUUCUUAAGUAGAAAUGCUUACACUGCUACUAUAGCCUCUGUGCCAAAUUUGUUUCCAUCUACACAAGUACUUCCAUCGGAUUUACAAGCAGAUCUUCAGACACUGCAAUUGGAUACAGAACCGUUACCAGCUGACUUGACCUCGUACGACUUAAUCGCUGACGGUGAUGUCGAUCAACUGUCCUUAGAAAUUGAAAAAGAGAGGGUCGACUACUGGGAGAAGAGCAAACAUUUGCAAGAGCAGCUAAGAGAAUUACGCACGGAGAUCGAAGUAAUGAAAGUUGGAGAGAAACAGUGUGAACUGGACCAGUUGCACGAAGAACAAGUGCGCCUCGGUGAGAACAAGUACAGUACGUUGAAAAAAGUGAAGUCCGGAUCCACUAAGGCUAGAGUUGCAUUCUUCGAGGAAUUAUAGUUUCUAUAUUUUUGAGAAAAAGUUGAUGCUCGACGAACGCGCGAAUGCAACAGGAAACAAAGUAACAUACGAUUGGGUAUGAGAAUAUAUAAAUCCGGAAUAUAUAAAUCGUGUAGACACGUGCGUAUGUAUACGUUGUAGAAUACUGAAACGUACGUUUUACCUAUAUAUAACAAUGUACAUUCUGCUUCAUUGUAUGCAUAGUUAACAGUUAAAUUUACUUACUAAUAUUUAAACCGUCAAAGUUAUUAUUAGAUUAUCCUUUUACGUUUCAUCAUUGAAUGAUAAUUACAGUAGAAUUCUCAUUUGAGCUUGGAGUUUUCACUAUACAUUAUACUUGUUUGCAUGUAACUGUGCUGAGUUAACUUUGAACAAUUGAAUGUCUCGGUAGAGUAAAUAUUAGAUUUUUACAACAGAGUACAUAUACAGAAAUCAAAAUCGCAACUAAAACCUUUAGCUAGUAUAAUUAUUUAUAGGCUUAAGUGAUUCUCGAAAGCGUCGAUAUUGUUCUCAUAAAUUCUGUUAGAGCUAUGCAAGGUCUGUAGAUAAAGUUAAGUCAGUAGAGUAAAGCGAAAUUUACACAUGCGGAAUAGAGAAUUUUAUUUUUCUGAAACGUAAAUAUUAUCAGUGGAACUUUUAAUGUUUGUUAUCACCAUGUACUUCGUAAUACUUCUAUAUUUUUUUAUACGAUCCUUCAUUACACAGGAUAAGCAAUAUUGUAAUGCUUGCUUAGAUAACUGUUACUGUCCGAAAUGUUAAUACUCUCUCAGACAUGAAAUUAUUGAAUGCUGGUCCAUGUUUGUUUUGCAAUAUAUAAUUAUAAAAGAAACUCGUGGAAAAAUGCAUUGAAGCUGCAGUCUAGUCAAACAACUUAUGGAAAUGAACUGGCUGUUCGCCAGAAACUUUGCCAGAAAUGGCAAAAUAAAUAUUUCAUUUCGAUACAUUGAUUCAGCCAAGAAAAUGAUCUGUUCGUUUUCAUAACAUAGUAUGCAGUUCUACUAAAAUAAUCAUAUAUAAAAAAAGGUUUUAAUUGGCAAAGGAUUUUUUACUCUUUAUGAUGUAUUUACCGCAUAUAAAAAUUUGACAACGCUAAAGACAGUUCGUACUCGUGCCUUGGUCACUUUUGCAAAAGUAAAUUAAAAAAAAACUCAACGUUUAUGUAGUGUUUACGUAAACAACGAAAUGUACUGAUUUUUUCGAUAAUGUUUUAAAAUCUAUAUUUUUAAUAUUAUGACAAUUUUGACCAAUGCAUAGAAGGAAUAUUUAGAAAUUUUUUGUACAGAUGUAAAGUGAAAUAUUGUUAACGAUUUUAACGCCAUGAAACGACACGUUAACGAUAGAGUUAGUUUGAUUAGACUAGAGCGAUAGAAUUUUGUGCAUUAAUCGUGGCCUUUGGAAAAAAUGUUCCUAUCAAUGUGAUAGAGAACUCAGUGUUCGAGUAUUUUAUGACAAGGCUUUCCAAAUAUUUUUGUAGAAAAGAAUUUAUAAUGAAUUUAUAAAUUUUAAACAUUCAAUGCGAGACAAUGAAUAAGUAAAUAUGUCUAUUUUUUUUUAGAAAUAGAAUCGACGUUCCUAGAUAUUUUUAUAAUUACAAUUUAAUGGAAUAUUAUUACAACUGCAAAUAUUUUUCAUAAAUCAAAUACAUACAAUACGAUAAAAUCGAAAGAAUUUUAACUUUUAUGCGAUGUUAAGCAUUACAUACAUUUUAUAAUCCUGUAUUCCUAAAGUGUCAUUUUAUCCUUCUCCUUCUAUGACUUUUAAUUAGCUUUUAAUAUUUCAUAUUAAUAUGAAUAGUUCACUGUUACGAGCUCUUCGAACACAACUUGUUAUUGGACUGAACAUGAAAGUGCCUUACAUAUAAAUAUUACAUGUAUUUAUGUAGUAAUUGUUACUCGAACACUGAUUAAUUUAAUCAUAUGAGAAUAAUGAAAACAUUAGAAUUCUAAAUGUUGCCUUUUCAUGUUACAACGAAUUAUCUUUUCUCUAGAUUCUAGAUAAUAUUGAACUUCUAGUAUUCUGUACUGAAUAUAAUUAUGUUAUGUAAGACUUUUGACCAAAAAUGUGGUGUGAGUGUUCAAUUGGAAUCAAUAGCUGGAACUUCUAGCGCUGUUGUCUGUGAUUCGCGUACGCGAGUAUAUUGGAUGCUAAUCGAAAAGUGCUUCGGCCAUAAUCAGUAUUUUCUGUAAUAUAGAGGAAUGUACCUGUAAUUGUUAUUCACAAUUGCUUAAUCAAUUAGUGUACUUUAUAAUCCAUGCCAUGUUUUCUUCCUUAGAAUUCAGAUUAAUAUUAAGCUUUACAUUACAGUAUGCAAUAAAUGUACGAAUAUUUUCAUGA